AUGCGUGUAAGAAACUACAGCCCUCUGCGCGGGGAGCGAUGGGAUCCUGACUAUCACCUACACCACUCUUCACCCCUUCUCCUCUCACCUGCACCACUCCCCACCACCCUCGAGGCGAGGGCAGGAACACCUGCCAUGUGUUCUCCUCACUGCCCGCUGGCUGAGAUGUGUGGAGUGGGGAGACGAGACUACAGCCUCUCAUUUGCACCACCCUUCACCCCUUUAUUCUCACCUGCACCACUCCCCAGCGCCCUCGUGGCGAGGGCAGGAACGCCUGCCACGUGUUCUCCUCGCUGCCUGCUGGCCCGCCCACCCACCCCUCCGUGCGUAACUGAUAGGGAGAGGGGAGAAAGUAGGGCAGGAGAAGGGAGGAGAAGGGAGGAGCGGGAAGGAGAGCGGCGGGUGGUGAGUUUUGAGGUGCAAGGUGGCAUCCACCCCACGCCCAGUUUUGAGGUGCAAGGUGACAUCCACCCCACGCCCAGUUUUGAGGUGCAAGGUGGCAUCCACCCCACGCCCAGUUUUGAGGUGCAAGGUGGCAUCCACCCCACGCCCAGUUUUGAGGUGCAAGGUGGCAUCCACCCCACGCCCAGUUUUGAGGUGCAAGGUGGCAUCCACCCCACGCCCAGUUUUGAGGUGCAAGGUGGCAUCCACCCCACGCCCAGUUUUGAGGUGCAAGGUGGCAUCCACCCCACGCCCAGUUUUGAGGUGCAAGGUGGCAUCCACCCCACGCCCAGUUUUGAGGUGCAAGGUGGCAUCCACCCCACGCCCAGUUUUGAGGUGCAAGGUGGCAUCCACCCCACGCCCAGUUUUGAGGUGCAAGGUGGCAUCCACCCCACGCCCAGUUUUGAGGUGCAAGGUGGCAUCCACCCCACGCCCAGUUUUGAGGUGCAAGGUGGCAUCCACCCCACGCCCAGUUUUGAGGUGCAAGGUGGCAUCCACCCCACACCCAGUUUUGAGGUGCAAGGUGGCAUCCACCCCACGCCCAUUUUUGAGGUGCAAGGUGGCAUCCACCCCACGCCCAGUUUUGAGGUGCAAGGUGGCAUCCACCCCACGCCCAGUUUUGAGGUGCAAGGUGGCAUCCACCCCACGCCCAGUUUUGAGGUGCAAGGUGGCAUCCACCCCACGCCCAGUUUUGAGGUGCAAGGUGGCAUCCACCCCACGCCCAGUUUUGAGGUGCAAGGUGGCAUCCACCCCACGCCCAGUUUUGAGGUGCAAGGUGGCAUCCACCCCACGCCCAGUUUUGAGGUGCAAGGUGGCAUCCACCCCACGCCCAGUUUUGAGGUGCAAGGUGGCAUCCACCCCACGCCCAGUUUUGAGGUGCAAGGUGGCAUCCACCCCACGCCCAGUUUUGAGGUGCAAGGUGGCAUCCACCCCACGCCCAGUUUUGAGGUGCAAGGUGGCAUCCACCCCACGCCCAGUUUUGAGGUGCAAGGUGGCAUCCACCCCACGCCCAGUUUUGAGGUGCAAGGUGGCAUCCACCCCACGCCCAGUUUUGAGGUGCAAGGUGGCAUCCACCCCACGCCCAGUUUUGAGGUGCAAGGUGGCAUCCACCCCACGCCCAGUUUUGAGGUGCAAGGUGGCAUCCACCCCACGCCCAGUUUUGAGGUGCAAGGUGGCAUCCACCCCACGCCCAGUUUUGAGGUGCAAGGUGGCAUCCACCCCACACCCAGUUUUGAGGUGCAAGGUGGCAUCCACCCCACGCCCAGUUUUGAGGUGCAAGGUGGCAUCCACCCCACGCCCAGUUUUGAGGUGCAAGGUGGCAUCCACCCCACGCCCAGUUUUGAGGUGCAAGGUGGCAUCCACCCCACGCCCAGUUUUGAGGUGCAAGGUGGCAUCCACCCCACGCCCAGUUUUGAGGUGCAAGGUGGCAUCCACCCCACACCCAGUUUUGAGGUGCAAGGUGGCAUCCACCCCACGCCCAGUUUUGAGGUGCAAGGUGGCAUCCACCCCACGCCCAGUUUUGAGGUGCAAGGUGGCAUCCACCCCACGCCCAGUUUUGAGGUGCAAGGUGGCAUCCACCCCACGCCCAGUUUUGAGGUGCAAGGUGGCAUCCACCCCACGCCCAGUUUUGAGGUGCAAGGUGGCAUCCACCCCACGCCCAGUUUUGAGGUGCAAGGUGGCAUCCACCCCACGCCCAGUUUUGAGGUGCAAGGUGGCAUCCACCCCACGCCCAGUUUUGAGGUGCAAGGUGGCAUCCACCCCACGCCCAGUUUUGAGGUGCAAGGUGGCAUCCACCCCACGCCCACCCACCCCUCUGUGCGCAGUUGA